AUGUUGGCCUGCCUCUUUCAUACGCAGGAUAAUGAUGAGUCCUUGUCAAGGCAACUAAGCUUAAAUGCACUUAAAAACGCGUUUUUAUACUUCUUUCUUUCUUUCUUUCUUUCUUUAUUUAUUUAUUUAUUUAUUCUUUCUUCCUUCCUUUCUUUCUUUCUUUCUUUCUUUAUUUAUUUAUUUAUUUAUUUAUUUAUUUCUAUGAAUCCGGUCUUAAUUGUUGUCUUUCUUUCUUUCUUUCUUUCUUUCUUUCUUUCUUUCUUUCUUUCUUUCUUUCUUUCUAUGAAUCCGGUCUUAAUUGUUGUCUUUCUUUCUUGUUAUUUUUCUGCCUUUGUCGAUUUCUUUCUUUAUUUCUUCUUUCUUUUCUUUCUUUCUUUUUUUCUUUCUAUGAAUACUUUCUUAAUCCUUAUCUUUCUUUCUUGUUAUUUUUCUGCCCUUGUCGAAUUCUUUCUGUCUUUCUUUCUUUAUUUAUUUAUUUAUUUAUUUAUUUACUCUUUCUUCCUUCCUUCCUUCCUUCCUUCCUUUCUUUCUUUCUUUCUUCCUUCCUUCCUUCCUUCCUUUCUUUCUUUCUUCCUUCCUUCCUUCCUUUCUUUCUUUCUUUCUUUCUUUCUUUCUUUCUAUGAAUCCGGUCUUAAUUGUUGUCUUUCUUUCUUGUUAUUUUUUGCCUUUGCUAAUUUCUUUCUUUAUUUCUUCUUUCCUUUCUUUCUUUCUUUUUUCUUUCUGUCUUUCUUUAUAUUUUUUUCUUUCUAUGAACCCUUUCUUAAUCGUUAUCUUUCUUUCUUCUUAUUUUUCUGCCCUUAUCAAUAUUUCUUUCUUUCUUUCUUUCUUUCUUUCUUUCUUUCUUUCUUUCUUUCUUUCUUUCUUUCUUUCUAUGUGCCCGUUCGUAAUUGUUAUCUUUUUCUUUGUUAUAUUUCUGCCUUUAUCAACUUCUUUCUUUCUUUCUUUCUUUCUUUCUUUCUUUCUUUCUAUGAGCCCGUUCUUAAUUGUUAUCUUUCUUCUUGUUAUUUUUCUGCCUUUAUCAACUUCAUACUUUCUUUCUUUCUUUAUUCUUUCUUUCUUUCUUUCUUUCUUUUUUCUUUCUUUCUUUAUUCCUUUCUUUCUAUGAAUCCGGUCUUAAUUGUUGUCUUUCUUUCUUGUUAUUUUUCUGCCUUUACUAAUUUUUUUAUUUCUUCUUUCUUUCUUUCUUUUUUUUUCUUUCUAUUACUUUCUUUUUAUCUUUCUUUCUUUUAUUUUUCUGCCCUUGUCAAUUCUUUCUGUCUUUCUUUCUUUAUUUAUUCUUUAUUUAUUUUUCUUUUCUUCCUUCCUUUCUUUCUUUCUUUCUUUCUUUUUUCUUUCUUUUUUCUUUCUUUCUUUCUAUGA